AUGGGGACUAAGGUGACGUUUCUGAUUGGUGGAGGUUCUGAUAUUAAUGUCGUACGCCUAGAGCUGCUGAUUGGUGGAGUGCUGGUUGACAAGACAGCAAAUACAAAGAACGUUGUGACCAUGGAGCAACAAGAGAUAGAUACAUCGUCUCUCAAAGGCCAGUGCGUACAAAACAAGGAAUGCUUGUCAGUGAAUACCAUUGCUUUGGUUCAAUCGCAAUAUCAAUGUGAGCUUCUUAACUGGACAGGGACGGGAUUUGAGAACCACCUCGUACCAAAACCCAACUCAAAGUUUAUGCAGGUGAAGACUGCGUGUUCAACAAACCCUUGUCAAAACGGCGGCCAAUGUACUGUAAAAGAUGGAGGAACUAGCUACACCUGUACAUGUGCGGUUGGUCACACUGGAAGAGAUUGUGAGAAAAAAUGUGUACUGUUUGACUUUGAAACUGGACGACUUGACGGAUGGACCCUGACAGGAACAGCAUUCAACAAUCAGCCAACCUAUGGAGAUAACCCUCGAGCUCGUGGACGGCCAUCAUCGAACCUCAAAGGAAACUGGUACAUAGGAACAGUUGAAAACAGACCCAGUCCAUCUCACCCAGUACAACUGCARGGAAAUGGCCCUACAGGAACUGCCACCUCGCCGCUAUUUGUAAUUCGAGGUUCAAAACUGACGUUUCUAAUUGGUGGKGGCUCUGACGUUAAUACUGMACGACUCGAAUUGCUGAUUGGUGGAAAUGUAGUUGCCAAGGCAGCGAGUACAAAGAACAGCGAUGCCAUGGAGCAACAACAGAUCGAUACUUCGUCUCUGAGAGGCCAGGUAGCUCAGGUUCGAAUCGUUGACGAGUCGUCAGUCAGUUGGGGUCUUAUCAGCGUUGACCACAUCAAGGAAAAUUGCCCAUAGAAUUACUUACUGGAAAGGUAUAGAACGGUGUGACCAGAAAGCAUGCAAGUGUAUCAUAAUGACUUUAAUAGGAGUAACAGGAACAUUUGUACGAWGAACAUCCUCUGUUUUUCAGCUACUGUAUUUGGUAGAAAUUACGAUCACGGAUUGAGUAAACACCUCUAUAAUAGUAAUGGAACAUUUUUCUAUUAUUGUAUUGAUUCACAUCUUUGUCACAUUUCAAUCUAAGAAUUGCCCUA